AGGCAAGGCAGGGUGGCGCUGCACGGGGGCUGGGGGCGGGCGGCGCCGGCGCCCGCGCACGCCGCCACCACGCUGGUGGGCGGACUGGUGGCGCCGCCGCGGGAACCCACCACGGCGGCCGAGGCUUUCUGGAAGAUGCCGCACAAAGAUGAGCUGAUGCACAGUGCGGCUAUGGGCGGUGGGGCCCUAUUCGGGUGUUCAUCUGCCGGUCAUAGUGGGAUCAAUCAGCUAGGAGGAGUGUACGUCAAUGGCAGACCAUUACCAGACUCCACGAGGCAGAAGAUCGUGGAGCUUGCCCACUCGGGGGCAAGGCCCUGUGACAUCAGCCGCAUCUUGCAAGUCUCCAACGGCUGCGUGUCCAAGAUACUUGGCAGAUACUACGAGACUGGAUCCAUCAAGCCCCGUGCGAUAGGGGGUUCGAAGCCCCGGGUCGCUACAACCCCUGUGGUGCAGAAGAUUGCCGACUACAAGAGGGAGUGCCCUUCGAUCUUCGCUUGGGAGAUCAGGGAUCGUCUACUCAGUGAAAAUGUGUGCAAUAACGAUAAUAUACCUAGUGUAUCAUCGAUCAACCGUGUGUUAAGAAAUCUGGCGUCGCAGAAGGAGCAGGCUGCGUCUGCGCAGAACGACAGCGUUUACGAGAAGCUGCGAAUGUUCAACGGUCAAGCGGCGACGGGUUGGUGGUAUCCCGGCCUACCUACCGCACCAGCGGCGCCGACGAUACCAGCUCCAUUACCUCCUCAGCUCAACAGGCCCGGAACAGAGGAACAUAAGAGAGAUACUCUCCAAUCAGAGGCUGGGUCCGAUGGCAACAGCGAGCACGCGUCAUCCGGCGAUGAAGAUUCGCAGAUGAGGCUACGGUUGAAAAGGAAGCUGCAAAGGAAUCGAACAUCCUUUACCAAUGACCAAAUCGACAGUCUAGAAAAAGAGUUCGAGCGCACGCACUACCCGGACGUGUUCGCGCGCGAGCGGCUCGCUGAAAAGAUUGGAUUGCCUGAGGCACGUAUCCAGGUAUGGUUUUCGAACCGCCGCGCGAAAUGGCGACGCGAAGAGAAGUUACGUAGCCAGAGGAGAGACGCACCCGCUUCUCCACCCGCGCCGCCUGCCCGCUUGCCCCUCAAUGGAGGCUUUAACUCCAUGUACAGCCCCAUACCGCAGCCCAUUGCGACCAUGAGUGACACUUAUAGCUCAAUGUCGGGAGGGCUGUCAUCAUCGUGCCUACAACAGAGGGACGGCGGGUAUCCUUACAUGUUUGGUGACGUGCUUGGCAGUGGAGGCUACUCUAGAGCACCGGCAGCGCACCAACAACACGCAGCGUAUUCACAACCUCAAGCAGCGGCUAGUACUGGUGUGAUAUCAGCGGGUGUGAGCGUCCCCGUGCAAAUACCUUCGCAGGGGCCGGACCUCGCAUCGAAUUACUGGGGACGGCUUCAGUGAUCUCAGCUCUUCGGGUUCCCGCAUCGACUUCUCUCGAUGCCUGAGAACCCGAAUAAUGUACCGGAGUCGCCAUCUAGCGGUGAAAUAGCGCACAACUAUGCCGACCCCCACUUGUCUAUGAACGCUCUCAACAUGACAGCCGGCCAUGACAGUACCGUUUUGGCGGGAGAAAUGCAAGAAAACAAUUCAGUGUCAUAAACAUGAAAUGUGUUUUAGUGUUUAUUUAACGCAAUAUCCAGUGAGUUUUUCAGUGUUUCGAUGGUGCAACUUAUUAUUUAUGUAUAAAUGACGUAUGAUAUGACUUACGGCUAAGCAACUGAUGAUGUUCAAAAGUAGUGGUAAGUGAUGGUCGUACACUCUGAGCUAUGUUGCAUUGCUACCAUGCGAUAUAAAUACGAUUAUUAUAAUUUUGCUUAUAAUAGUAUAGUGUAAAUUUCAAACUUGCAGCAUGUUUCACUGUGUAUGAUCAAUUAUUAAGCUAGUAAGACAAUGGAAAGCAUAUUGUAAAUAUAGUUAAGCGCCAUCUAUUGUCGAGUAGAGAAAGUUUUCUCCUUAAAGAGUCUGGAGAAAUUAAAUGUAAAUUGUUUGUGCCAACGUUUGUAAUAAUUGAGUGUUACGCACCCUUUGCGAGUACAACCCUUUAUUUCUUUGAUGUAUGCAAUGGGGGUGCAAAAUAUUAAUGCUAUAGAGAAAAACGUGGCAAUAAGCUUCGUUACGGCGAUUUGUUUUUCACCCCUUCCGCAGAGCAAAUUGUCAUACAAACCAAGUAUGUUUGUUGUAUAUUUGUAUAAUAGUAACAUUGUUAGAUGUUGUAAUGUGUUGAAGUCGCAAAUUUACACUAGUACACCUCGAAACGAAUUAAUUUAUUUAUUACGAUAAUUAAGGAGAUGUUGCUGUGAUUAAUAUGUAGAUAGUUAGAUUUAUUUUAACACCGUUUGGAAUAUUUUGGGAUCAUGUAUCAAACGAAAUUCAAAUAAAAAGUAUACUUAAUUCACUAGUGAUUCAGCACAAUUUCUCAUGUUAUAUUUGAAUAUGUGUAAAAAUAUUAAUAUAUUUUUCAUUAAAAUGCAAUACGGACGGAGUAGGUGUGUAAUGUAACUGGUUUGAACAUAAGUGUAAAAUAAAUUAUUAUUCGAUUAUAAGUGCAUA